CACUCAAUGGCUGUCCACACAUAUUCCCGCGCCGAGGUCCUGAAGCACAAGGGCGCAGACUCCUGCUGGGUCAUCCACAACAACAAGAUCUACGAUGUGACCUCCUUCGCCAUCGACCACCCCGGUGGAGACGAAUUCAUCCUCGGCCAUGCCGGCCAGGACAUCACCCUGAUCAUGAAGGAUGAGCUCUCGCACUUCCACUCCGAGGGCGCAUACGAAAUGCUCGACGACUUCCUUAUCGGCGUCCUCGAAGCCCCUGCCGCCUCCGCAACCACCACCACAAGCGUCACCCUCGACCAGACAUCCAACUUCCGCAUGCGCUCCACCGCCACCGCCACUGUCACCACCAAGACCAACUCGACUGCCACAACUUCAGUGGAUGGACCAGACGAGGACGCCUAUCUCAAGCCCACAGACCUGACAGCCGACAAAAAGACAAAGUUCCUGGAUCUCAGUCAGCCAUUGCUCUGGCAGCUCUGGAAUGCCCGAUUCACCAAGGCCUUCUACCUCGAACAAGUUCACAUCCCGCGCCAUCUUUCGGGCCCAGCUCGGAUCUUUGCUUCACCCUAUCUCGAGGUCUUCACAAAGACUCCCUGGUACAUGAUCCCCAUCUUUUGGCUGCCAGUCAUCGCCUACAACUUUUACAGGAGUCGUGAGACCGGGCUGGGAGUGGACCAGGCCUCGACUUUGUUUCUCGGCGGAAUGGUUCUCUGGACGCUGGCAGAAUACCUGAUCCAUCGGUUCUUGUUCCACCUUGACGACCUCUUGCCAGAGUCCAACGUUUCCCUCGUUGCCCACUUCCUCCUCCACGGCAUCCAUCACUAUCUCCCAAUGGACAGACUGCGCCUGGUUAUGCCGCCAGCACUAGCAGUCGCCCUGGCGAUCCCCAUCAACAAGCUGGCCCAUACGCUCCUUGUAACACCCAAGGCCUACGCCGUGAUGUCGGGCCUGCUCCUUGGUUAUGUCCUCUAUGACAUGACCCACUACUACCUUCACCACGCAAGGGUCUUCAAGAUCCACUUUAAGGAGAUGAAGACCUACCAUCUUGCCCAUCAUUACAAGAACUACGUGGGUGGAUACGGCAUCACCUCCAAGAUCUGGGACAAGAUCUUCAACACCGAGCUCCAGCUUUGAAAGGCGAGACAAGAACAUGGACUACAAAGCAGCACCACGCGAGUUCAUGGUCAAAAUUGCAUUAUUACUUUUAUUUUAUUUAUUUUGCAUUAAUACACUCGGGGUCGUUUUCUUACCGCCCCCACUACCUCUUCCUCCUCCUCCUCCUUCCCUUCACUUAAUAUACACCUCAAAUAAACAGCAUUUGAUUAUGUGAUACUCCAAUGCUUGUCUUCUACGUCUGCGCAAAGAGGAAAAAAGAAAAAAAAAAACUCCUGUUGCCGAGCUUGCUUGUGUACAAACCGCGCUGCGCAGACUUCUGAAACAACAACAUACAGAGACAUGCAUGCCAAAGUAUCACCCCUUUCCUCCCAUGGAAAUUCUAUCUACAUACUUGUGCCACUACCCCCACCACGUUCAUGUAA